AUCGUUCGCGGCGGCGCAUGAAUACAGAGUGUCCGAUAAACCGCGUCCUCACCUAGGGCUUCAUUCCUCCACUUUCUCUCAGACGAUCCGCAUGUCGCGCUCGAGUCUUCCGUAGCUCCGCCGCUAUCGUCACCCCCCCCCAUGAGGAAAGAAAAGAAUACAUACACUGCUUAAGGAAUUCCCGCUGCACAUUUCCGAAGCUUCCCCCCCCCCAUUCAAUGAGCGCAUGUGGAACAAUGAACUGAUCGUCUCGCGUAAAUUACCAACUAGUGAGCUGCUAUUUAAGGUGCUGUUAAGCGCAGCGGAUGUUUGGCGCGCUUGUUUUCAACAUUCGCACUGCCAUCUAUCGAACGUGAGUAGUGGCAGAUGACGAAACGGUCACGGACGACGCUAGUGUCGUCACGUGACUAACCAACCACUUUGAGCACUAAAUACGAACUGAAAAUGCGAAUGCGUGUCUUGGAAUCACGGGGUCGACUGCACCAGAGCGAAAGAUCUCUGGACCGCGACGAUCCGUAUCUUCUGCAGGAUAGCAUGGCCGAUGAACCACCGGAGAGAGAAGUCCCGUCUUCCGAAGUCCCAGAUCCUGCUUUCAGGAACGGCGAUCCGAAUAAUCCCGCGGAAACGAGUGGUGAGAAGCUAAACGGCAAAGAUCAGAAACCCCGGCACCCAAAGUGUGCAAGAUGUCGGAAUCACGGUAUAUUAGAAGAUAUCAAAGGACAUAAACGAUAUUGCAGGUUUAUGAAAUGUCGUUGUGCAAAGUGUAAAUUAAUACAAGAACGACAGAAAGUGAUGGCAAAGCAGGUUGCACUGAGGAGGGAACAGGCGAUGGAUGAAAAGAUGGGAAGAACUCCUGUUUAUAGUCAGGAACCUGUGCUCCCCAGUGAAACGACACCAUCACCAACUGCCACAACAUUUUCACCUCGAAUGGCAUCACCCUUUCAAACUACAUCAGCUUUUAAAGCAGCAGCUUGUAGUGCUUUAAUUUGUUGUCCUCUGAGCGAAAUUAUUGCGAAUGCUCAUCAUCUUUGCAAAAUGUCGACCGGCUAUCGUCACGUGACUCGUCUCCCCGUUCAUAGCACCAAAUACAAAAUCGGAAUGAAAGUGCGGUUCGUGGAGACACGAGGUCGACUUCACGAGAGACCGAGCGUUCCGCGGCAAGACGACUCUCAGAUGGACAACUCAAACGAAGAGGAGAUAGAUGUAGUGACCUGCCCUCCUGAUCCUCAACCAUCUGCCGAAAGCGGAGGGUUAGCUGCCAACACUGACACGAAACCCACUCGCAGACCAAAUUGUGCAAGAUGUCGGAAUCACGGUGUAAAAAAACAAGUGAAAAGUCACAAACGAUAUUGUCCGUAUAAGGACUGCGUGUGUAAAUUCUGCUUGCUGAUUGUAGAGAGGCAGAGAGUGAUGGCCUUGCAAGUUGCCCUGCGAAGAGCAGAGGCUCAGGACUUGGCUAGGGGUAUUAAUCCAAACGCCGAUAACCAGCCUGUGCUACCUCAUGAAUCUCCACCGCGAUCUUCUCCGGAACAAAUACCCUUGAGACCGUCUCCAGUUCAUGUUUCGGCGUUUAAGCCAGCAGGAGCAGGUGGCAUAAACCCUCAUCUUCAAGAGAGUCUCAACAGAUUGGUGACCACGUUCGGAGCAUCGGCCUCCAUGGCCUAUACUUUGUAUUUUGCCAUGCUUAAAGAAUGUGGCUUCGAUUUUGAUACGACCUACCGAAAAAUAAGAGAAG